AUGGGUCUGAAGCUGCUUGAGUUCCAACUUUGUCUCCUGCUGUUGCUGGGACUUGUCCUAGUGCUUGUCUCAAGCAAGGAACCAACCCCUUCCCAGAAGUUUGAGAUCCGGCAUAUCUAUAAGAGCAACUAUCCCCGAUGUGACGAUGCAAUGCGGAUAGUCAACAAGUAUAACACACAUAAGAAUACCUGUAGGAGAAUAAAUACCUUUCUUCAUACAACUUUUGCUGAUGUUGUCCAUGUGUGUGGCAAUCCAAGUACCACCUGCAACGAUGGGAUACGUACAAAUUGUCAUAAUAGUUCAUCUCGGGUAUCUAUAACUGUCUGUGAACUCAAACCUUCAGCAAGCAGUUAUACCGAAUGCAGAUACAAAAUGACUGAAUCAGUGAAGUACUACACAGUUGCCUGUGUCAGGAGAACUCCACAGGACAGCCCCAUCUAUCCAGUGGUUCCAGUUCACUUGGAUAGGACAUUUUAACUCCAGUACCAGCACUUUGUACCUUCACUCAUCUGCUACUGUCAAGAUCAUAGCAGUGAAGAACCAAUUCUUCUCUGGGCUGCAUAUCAGCACCUGUCCUCAUGAACCCUGUCCCUGACUCCCUUUAACUUAGCUGAACAGAUCUUUUCCAAUCAAUAAACACCUUUGCAUACUCA